AUUAUUUCCUCAUAAACCCUACCCGCCCGUUCAUUCCCACGGCUCCUUGGUUCCCUCCUCCUCACUACAAGCGUUUCUCCUCCUGUGCUUUUCCUCUUUAGCUCGUCCCCGUCGCUAGCUUGGCUCUCUCUUUCUCUGCACUAAGGUGGAUCUCACUUUGAGCCAAGAGAGAGACAGAGAAUGGGGAAGACAACUUACAAGAGGCUGAAGGGGAGUCAGAACCUUAGGCAUAGGCUUUUGCUGGCCACGCUCUCGUCUAGUCCCGUUCUAAUUGAGGAUAUCCGUGCCGAUGAUACACUGCCUGGCCUCCGUCAACAUGAGGUCUCCCUCCUUCGGUUGUUUGAGAAGGUCUCUGAUGAUUGCAUCUUUGAAAUUAAUGAAACCGGGACCAAAUUGAAGUACAAGCCCGGCAUUGUGAUGGGUGGGAGACAUCUUGUCCAUGACUGUGGUGUCAGUCGGUCCAUUGGCUAUUUCUUGGAGCCAUUGAUUUUGCUUGGUUUGUUUGCAAAGAAACCCCUCACUAUAAGGCUCAAAGGUAUUACAAAUGAUUUUAAGGACCCAUCAGUGGAUACUUUCCGAUCUGCUACCUUGCCCUUGUUAAAGCGCUUUGGAGUUCCUUCAGAAGGAUUAGAUCUAAAAAUAGAGUCUCGCGGAUCCGCUCCUCAUGGAGGUGGAGAAGUUGUUUUGACAAUUCCAGUUGUUCAAAGUCUGAAUGCGGUCACCUGGACUGAUGUUGGAAUGGUCAAAAGGAUCAGAGGAGUUACUUUCUCGACCAGGGUAUCUUCCCAGUUUGAAAAUACCAUGAUACAUGCUGCUCGUGGAAUUUUUAAUCGCUUUAUUCCUGAUGUUCACAUCUUUACUGAUCAUAAGGCAGGCACACAAGCUGGAAACUCACCUGGUUAUGGAAUUUCACUUGUUGCGGAAACUAAUGCUGGUUGCUUCAUCUCGGCUGAUACGGCUAUUGCUUAUGCACGGGAAGAAGAAACGGGUGAUAUUGAAGAUGAGAAGAAAGAGUUGAUGCCUCCCGAAGAUGUUGGUGAGCAAAUUGCUUCUAUUCUACUUGGCGAAAUCGAGCAAGGCGGCGUGGUAGAUUCGACACAUCAGGGAUUAUUAUUUCUUCUUUGUGCAUUGUGUCCACAAGAUGUUUCAAAGAUUCGCUGCUCAAAGCUUUCACCAUAUGGAAUAGAAAUGCUUAGACACAUAAGAGAUUUCCUUGGUGUUAAAUUUGUUAUAAAGCCAGAUCCAUGCACAGGGACUGUUAUACUUAAAUGUCUUGGUUGUGGAUUGAAGAACCUAAAUCGAAAGGUCUCAUGAUGACAGCUUGUUCGAGUUAAGGAUUAUUAUAAGUUGAUGUGUCUCAAGUAUAUCGAGCUGCUAUUAAAGGGCUCUCUCCAUGGAAACAGUUUUGUACUCGUGCUUAGUGUCUUUUUGAGUAGAGAAAUUUGAUGUUAUCCUCUUAACAAAAGUGUGGGAACAGGUUAGCAUAAAUAGAUAAGUUUGGUGUCUACUUUGAGAUGCACGUUGUUUUUUUGUUUUGCUAGUGCCUGAAAGUUUCAUUAUUGGCACGAUUUUGUUGUUUCGUGUGCCUGUCUUUAGGAAAGCAAGAAAGGAAUUGAUUAUUGUUU